AUGCUGCGAAGAAAGGAAAACAUGGAUUCGGGUAAAGACAAAACGAAUCCAAUGAGGGAUGUGAAUUUUAAACGGCAGAAAUUAACUGAUGGGGAAGACUUCUGUGCCUCUGCAACGCUGCGGCAAGCUCAUGACAACAGCCGUAGUGGGGAAUGUUUACGUAAAAAUGGACACGCCAAGGGAAGCAGGCGCUCCAGUGGAAGUAGUGAAAGGGAAGACUGCUUUCGGGGGAAUCGCACAAAUCUGUGCAACAACGUGGUGAAGACAAAAAUGGAAAGCACCACUUCGGUGAACACUAAAAUGAAGAGCAUCGCACGGGGGGGUAACCACCCCAUUGAUUACCAAAAUGGUUACCCCAACAGUGCACACACGCUUGAGCAGGAAUCGGACAUGGUAAUGGGAAAAUACGUGUGGAAGGCAAACAACGCCAGCAACCCUGAACCCCCCACCAUGAACCGCAACCACGUCAGUGAUACGUACAAGGCUCUCAUAAACAUUUGUUUGAGCGAAAUUAAAAAAAGUGCCAACCCGGAAGAUGUGGACGAUGUGUAUAGGGUCCUUAAAAACAAGGACCUCAUAUUUGAUGAUGACAAAAUGGGCCGUAACGAAAUUGUGAAGAAGAAGGAACAGUUUCCCCGUGGGAGCAGCUCCUCCAGUGGGUCAAAAUCGUCACCCCGUACACAUGCAAAACGUUGGGAUAACACUGAAUGUGUCGACAAGGGUGAGAGAGUGCCCAACUACCAAGUAAAUAGCAGGAAGAACAAACGGAGCAAUAGCGGGAGAAGUGCUGCCCUGAUGAACUACCAUGGGGAAGGCACCAAGGGGGAUGACAACCAGUGGAGUGAUGACGAAGAGGAGGGUGUCCAAUAUGACCAGUCCGGCGUCAAACAUGUUGCACUGCUGGGUGGUAGUACACAUGAAGGGGCUGAAUUGGACGAACAUGAUGUAGCUGGUUGCGCGAAGAAGAAGCUCAAAACGGACAUGGACAGAAGCAUCACCACAGUUAAACGCACCAAUCGAUAUGGAUUUAGAGGAACCCCCCUGGUGAGAGCCACCACUAGGGAAAAAAUCGAAUCGGACAUGUACAACAUUUUCAAGGGGGUUAUCAACAUGCUCACAUGCAAAUACCCGGAGCAUAAUAUAAAGGAGUUCUUCUUCAGCAGUCAGGACAGACUGAAAGAAGAAUAUGAAAGCAACAAAAGUAAGUCUAUACAAAUAACUCGGUACGAGUCGAACAGGUGUAAUAACAUCUACACGAAAAUCAAGCAGGAACUCUUCUACAUUACAAGGAACACUAAACUAAGAAACCACAUAACUAACACAAGGUAUAUGUUUGAAAUUUACAAUUAUUGUGUGAAGAAUAUUAAGAGAAAUAUAACUGUCCUUUCUCAUUUUAUCCCAAACAAGAAGGACUACAAGUUCAUUACAAAAAUGAGGUUUAACAACAACUGCGAGAAUGUAAUAACCUCUGGAAAGGAUGGCUACAUAAAAAUCUUCCAUGCCAUGACGGGGAAUUUAAUCCUCUGCAUUAAGGCGCAUAGAAAUGCCAUCACCGAUUUUGACGUUCACCGAUCGGAUAAGUAUAUACUCUCCUGUGAUGAAAAAGGGGUCGUCAAAUUUUGGCUGAUUGAUAAGCACAAAUUUAAGACGCUCUUCACGUAUAGAAGAACCUUUCUAAUGAAGAAGGUGCAGUUCUUUUAUCACGAAAAAGGAAACAACCAAAAUUCAAAUGGAAGAAGUGAUACCUACAAAACGUAUGCCGUCUGCUCCACCAACUCCUACUUCUUCAUCAUCACAUUCGAUGACCUCAGUAAUGACUCCCAUUUGUUGUACUCCAUGGAUAUGAAUCUCGGAUCCGUUAAAUUUUUCCCCUACAUUCAAUUUGCCUAUUCGCUAAGUUAUAACGUGUCCCCCUAUAUGUACAACUCUUUGAUCCUGUCCAAUGGACCCAUAAAAGGGUUAAAGAAUUGUUACCUCAUGUUUAUUAACACGUCUAAUCAGUGCGUCGACAAGUACUGUGAGAAGAAUGAUUUUUCUAACACGACGAAUUAUAAGAGGAGGAAGAAAAAACUCAUGUUUCUUCUACUUACGUCGAAACCGUACUACGAUGAGGAGGAACGAUGUGACGAUCUGCUCAGCAUCACCCCGAAUGACGUGAACAUAAUAAAAUAUGUGAACAAAAUUGAUGAGAGCAAGUACAAGUCUUCCCAGACGGAUGACGUUAUCGAGUUAACCGACAAAGGAGAGAAAAAAAAACAAAAAAUGAGUGAAGAAGAUCUUUCCUACGCUAAAAUUUUCCACUGCUUUGAGAUCAACAUUUUGCAAGAUAAUGCCAAGAAGGAUAUCGGAUUUUCCCUCUUCAAACGGUUCGAAGAUUUUAACGAGGAAAUUGUUCGCUUCGCCUUCUCCAACCGAUCUGCUGACUUCCUCACUGUGCAGUUCAGCGGUUCUAUAUUUCUGUGGCACUUCCAGAGCUACCUCGACGAACAGGCACUUGCCAGGGGAGGUAGGAAUUCUACCCACCGUAAAAGUGCUAACAAUGGUAGACGUAACAAAAUCAACGUUUGCUGCUUCUACACGUCGCUUUACGUCGAAUUUUUCCUCGAGUCUUUAGCCCUCAACGAGAGCAACAAGGCCAAAGGGGGGAGAACCGACCUGGGGGGCUCCCAGGGUAGGGGCGAUGACGCACGGAAGCCAACCGAUAAGAUAAAUCCCAAGGGUAACGGAAACAACAAUGGAACAAACGACGUGAAUGAUGAAAACGAGUACGAUAAUUUGUUUGUUAUAUCUUCUACGUCCUGUUCGUCGUAUUGCUACUCCUCCAGUGGGAAGGAAAACGUGCCAAGGGUCAACAGGGAGAAGGAGCUGAAGAAGAAGCGACUCCUUAAGGCGCAGCGGGAGCUUAACCUUGGAGGGAGUGCAGCACUGGGUAGGAAGGUCCCCGAUGAGAAGGAUAAAUCAGGAGCAGCCAAUAAUGUAACCGAUGGGGCCACCAGCACGAUCGGCGUAGACCCAGUUGAAACGAACAACGGCAGCGUCAUCAUGGAGAGCGUCGUCCACAGUAGUGGUAGCGGUAGUGCCAGUGGGAGGAGGAAGACAAAUCAAAAUAAUAGACUCGACACGAACCGCUUCACAACGAACCGCCUUCACACCAACCAGGCCACCGAAAAAAGCAGCACACAGUGUGUAUACAAUGAGAAGGCAAACAACAAGCCAAAAAUGAGAGCCAAAAAGUUAAACUACAAAAUUAGUAACGUCUCCUUUAACAUGUCUGACGAGUAUCUCAUCGUGGCUGACGGCAUAACGAACAAAUCCAACUCUUCCAAGGAAGAUACCUUUGCGGUGACCAUGAAGACCAACUUGUCUAUAUUCUGCUUAAGAACCUACGAAGAAAUAAAAAACUUCGACCUAAAAAAAUGCAACAGCUAUGUCAGUUUUAUCAAGCCAAAUCCCUUCUUCACAGAUGUAGUUCUCUUUGCCUGUUUUAGAAAAUACAUUUAUUUGUUAAAUGUUCAGAAGAAGAAAAUCAUAAAAAAGUAUUCUUACGAUAGUGAGUUGAAAAACCUAAGUGCGGAGUGGAGUCAAAAUGGCUACCUAUUCAUCGUCUCCCACAAUUAUGGCUACUUUUCCAUUUUUACACUGAACAGAAAUGCCUCCUACAAGUUAACCCUAUCUGAUCAAAUCACUUCGUACCAACUUUGCUCCUUCAACGAACCCAGCCUUAAUGAGGUGACAGACAAUUACGAUAAUAUGAAUUCCCUGCCUGACGUUUUUAUGUAUGAUUCUUUUGACGCAAAUAAUGUGGAGGACGCUGUGGACGUUGUGAGAUUUAACAAUGGUGCGGCAGGUGUAACUGCUCCAAGGGGGUUCCUAUUCCCGGAGGGGAUAAACAAUUCGCCCAGUUUUCACACCGCUUUGGAAGUCGCAGGGGUAGGUGGAAGCUUCAGCAACAAUUGGAGCGGAGCCACCGUCAUUGGUGUCACUACAAGGAGCGGACCUACCACCAGGAAUGGACCCACGACGAGGAGUGCAACAAACACCAGAAGAAAUGGAACCACUAGGAGGAAUGGACCUACUACGAGAAAUGGAACCGCUUCACGCAACGGCGCCGAUAGAAGCGAAGGGAGAAGAACCACCCGGAGAAGCAACCGAAUCAUAGAGGACAGCUCGGAACUCUCCUGCUCGGCCAACUCGAUUUACACGCUCUACACGGACAGCAACUCGAAGAACUCCAAAAAUUCGGCACAAAAUGGGGAAAAAGCAAACGCGUCCGAUGAAGGGAGCGAGAAGAGCCCCAAUGAUGAAGUGAAAAUCAUCGACAAAGACAGCUUCCAAGGAAGGGAAGACAAGCACGUUAUCAAUUUAGAAAACAUCCCCUCUAACAAGGACGAAGUGAUUAAUGUAGAGGAUGUGCACCGAGAGUGCAUUAAAAAUAAUUCCACCCGGAAAAAGGAAGUCAUUAACCUUGAUAGCGUCCUGAAUGACAACUACUCCUACGCGUUUAGGAGUAAAAGGACGGCAAGGAACAGAUCCACCGGGUUGAAUGUGGGAACCAGGUCAAGUGCAGCCAACACGGAAAAUGCGCCUAGGAGGAAGAGGCUUCAUAUAGCUAGAAAGGAAGAUACACAAAAUUUAAGUAGUAACUCGAAUGACCACACCAGUGGAAGUGACAGCGGAAGGGAUGCUAUUUCAGGAGGAAGUUCCAAUGGGGAACACACAUACCGUGCUAGGAAGAACCCUUUCCUACCAAUGAAAAAGCGAAACAGAAAUGUGGCAUCCUCAAAUUAUAAAUCCAAAAUAGAUAAACACGAUGAGUGCUUGUUAACUGGAGGUUCCCACGCAAGGGAAGGAUCACAAUACCCCUACGACGUCAGCAUUAGCAAAUUGAAGGAAUUCUUCAAUGGAGACAAACGGAAGGAAAACGAACAGUUCGUGAAAAGGGAUCGGUACAUGAGUGAUUGGGACACUGAUUUCGAAAAAUGUAGUUCCAUUAAUUUUUUUAGUGACAAUUCAAAUUAUGGCAGUUAUUCUGAUGAUCUGUUUGUGGACACAUCGGAAGGGGCCAGGAUUGGUUCCCUCCAUAGUGGGCACCACAGACCAUUCGAGUCGGACCUACAUGGGGACGUAAAGCAUGUUAGUAGGGGAGGCAACCCAGAUGAUCCCCCCGAUGGUGAAUCGCGGAAGGGAAGGUGGAGGGCACAUUGUUCAAGCAGCAUGUGGUCAUUCAAGCGGGGCGCCAAGGGGGGAAGGCACCCCUGGAGUAGUAGCGUCAGUAGUACCACCCCCGAUGGUGGUAGUAGCCAGGAGGACGAUUAUGAUAACCACUACGAUGGAUGGCCAGGCGAACCUGAUCCAGGUGACAGCGGAAUGGCUCCCAAGCGUACCCCCCGCCGAAAGAACAAACUGCGAAAGGAAGGAAGCAACCCCUGCCUGCUAAACUUCACAAACGAAAACAUUCUGGUGGACAAGAAAUUUAAGAUAUACGAACAGCACCUGCAACCGCUGCUUCCAAAGUUUUCUAGCUUCAAUUGUAAUAAGAGCUACCUGGAUAGGAUUGGGACUUCCCCGGUGGAUCCCAUAUGCGUGCAGCUGAAUUACUUGGCCCAGAUGUGCCGCAGAUUGAAGAGGGAGAACAGCAUAAAUCUAAAGUCCCUUCUUACGUUUGACCUUCUGUACAAGGCGUUAAUUAAUUAUGGAGGAAGUGGCGGUGCACACAGUACGUGCGGUGCUGCCCCCACGUGGGAUCACAAUAAAUGGUUCAGCAACAGAGGGGCAAACCAAACCCACGGUAGUACCUUCGCAGAGUUGAUGGGCGAGUAUAGAAGCAGCUCAGUUAGUGAUGGACACCAUUGCGGAGUCGAUAUGGAAGAGCGUCUUACCCACCAAGCAGCCAACGCGAAGAAACACUUCCAGGUGGUAAAUAGCUUGGGGGAGGAGGAACUCCUACCCAGGAUGCCCACCCAUAGGAAGAAUGAGAAAAGUGAGGCAUUCCUCCGGCUAUUGCGGGGUUGCGCGAGGGAUAAAGUCGGAAAUGCAUUCAGCAGUAACACCUAUAGUGGUGGAAGGAACAUGGAGGACCCCCCCUCCGAACCGGACAAAGAUCCCUCAGUUAAGCAGAACCCCUUCGGUGCAUCGCUCAGCAAAUGCAUAGAAACAUUCAAGCGGAAAAGCACCCUUGGGGAUAAGUACAAGAUGUGCUAUGUGAACGCCAUGCGGGUCGGUCGAUCGUACAAACGGUUCAUAAGUGUCAGUUCAAUCUGUGACAGUAGCAGAGAAGGGAAAAGGACCCCCGCAAGGAACCCAUUCGCAAAUCAGAUGAAUGAAAUGAGCCAAUCGCUGCUCUACCAAGUGUUGAAAAAGUUCCCCUGCAGAGAAGAAGAAGAUAUAGAUGCAUUUAUCUAUUAUAAGAAGAAAUCCUACGCAGAAAAAAACAUUAAAGAGGUUCUUCAGUCGUACUUGACGCACUACACUAACGUGGACAGAAACAUGAGACAGUAUGACCAUAGACUGUUCAUCUACACAAACGACAACAGAAUGCUUUUUAUGAAUUCCCACACGAUGAAAUUACUGAAAGUGUUAGAAGAGAAUUAUUGCAAAAGCUUAAUUAGAGAAAGCUUCAACCUCAUGAAUAAUUGCCAGUUGAAGGGAAGAAACUGCAUUAUUAAAAAUAUCGAUGGGAUCACCAACUGUAGCUUCCUGAACCCAUAUUCUUUGUAUCUAAGGUCCACUGGAAAUUAUGAUUUCAUAAGCUCAAGAAAUGUGCAAAAUUCUCUACUCUCCAGUUACGCUAGGUACAAUGAAUUAUUUGCCAUGUUCAGAGGUAGUAUGCAAGUGAACAACAAUCUAGGUAGUGCAGUUAGUUCACGCAACAUUGCCAAUGGGGUUAACGAUGCUAGUUUUGGUAACGUUACCAAUACGAAUAGCACGAUCAACGUUACGAACUUUUUAUUAAACUACGAAAACGUUUUAAGCUCAGGAAGGAAUACAGACAUAGCUGUGAUAAGUGAACAUUCCUCAGUUUUUACAAGUGAUCAAUCAGCCAAUUUUUUCUCAGAAGAUGAAGAAGACGAUGAUGACGACUAUGACGAUGACGAUUAUGUGAAUGACGAUUAUGACUUUGGUUACCAUCCCGCUUCGACUUCCUAUUCCAGAAGGAACAACAGAAGGAACACACGCAGGGCAAAUAAUACCAGAACUCCAAAAAGAACCACCAACAACAGUAGACGUUCAAACAGAACACGCAACAAUAAUAAUAACACUCCUAGAAGGACCUCCGCUAGGAAUAAAAAAAAUAAUGAAAAGAAAAAUUACAAUUGCGAUGUGGUCACCCACGUCAAUGUAAGAAAAAGCGACCGCCUACGGAAUAAGGAGAUUAGCAGACGGGAGAACAACGCUGGGGGAGGGAGCAUCAACAAUGGGGAUGAUGAUUCGCUCAACAACCAUGGGGAUGACUUUUUCAAUAACGGAAGCAGCAGCAGGCAACUCAGGAACAACACGUCCAACUAUUCCAGAAGCCGGUACAACACCAGGUCGUCCAACAUAAACCGGGACUUUACCUGA